GAGGGCGGCGGCGGCGGCGGCGGGGGGGUGCGGGGCUGGGAGGCCGCCGGGCCUCCGUGGGCCUGGGGCGGCGUGGAGGGCCCCGGGCCCGCCGGCGGGACUGGGCCCGGGCCCUGUUUGCUGGGGAAGGCGGCUGGGAUUCGCUGCUGUGACAUCCCCUUUUCUGUUCUCUCCCUGCCUCGCCCGUUUGGCGUCUGGAAACACGCACCACACACACACACCCCCACACACACCCGGCCGCGCCGCGCCGGGGCUCGUUUUCCGUGUGGCCCGUUUAUGAGCCCCUGUGGCAUCUGUGCCUGGAGCUGUUGCCACCAGCCCGGCUGGGCGACGCAGGGAGAGCGCCCCGAAACUUCCCGACCCGUGUGAAAUGCGUAUUGCAGGAAAAUCAGCGCUCAGCGAGGGUCAGGGGGUGGAAUGAACCAACUGAAAAUGUCUCAGAAUCCUGACAAGCCACAUUCAAGUGAAGAACAGUUGAGUGGUUUGGAGGAUGGUCAAGAGGAGAGCUUGGACAACCCAGAUCCAUCUAUCAGAAAAAGAAUACGACAGAGUGCUCCAGGGUCACACAGAGAUGAUACACCGAAGUCUAGCCCUCCUCGGCCUGUGUCAAUAGAAGAGCUCAUGGAAACAGCUAAGGGAGUAACCAACAUGGCAUUAGCACACGAAAUUGUUGUUAAUGGAGACUUCCAGAUAAAACCAGCUGAAUUGCCAGAGCACAGCUUAGAAAAAAAAGUAAGAGAUAUUGUUCAUAAAGCUUUCUGGGAUUGUCUGGAAGCUCAGCUAAAGGAAGAUCCACCAACGUAUGACCAUGCAAUUAAACUAUUGGGAGAAAUUAAAGAGAAUCUCCUGUCUUUCUUGUUGCCUGGUCAUACUAGACUGAGGAGCCAGAUUACAGAAGUUCUUGAUCUGGAUUUGAUAAAACAGGAGGCAGAGAAUGGGGCCCUUGACAUUUCUAAAUUGGUCGAAUUUGUUAUUGGCAUGAUGGGAACUCUCUGUGCUCCAGCUCGAGAUGAAGAAAUUAAGAAACUGAAAGAUAUUAAUGAAAUAGUUCCUCUGUUCAGAGCAAUUUUCUCUGUAUUAGACCUAAUGAAAAUGGAUAUGGCAAACUUCGCUGUCAGUAGUAUUAGGCCAAAAUUAAUGCAGCAGUCUGCUGAAUAUGAAAGAAAGAAGUUUCAGGAGUUUCUUGAGAAACAGCCAAAUUCUUUAGACCUUGUCACAAGGUGGUUGCAAGAAGCAGCAGAUGAUCUUGCAAAGCUGAGGUGUAAAAUGUUGCCUCCCCACUGUAGUAGUGAUGGUGCCACUGGUGGAGCUUCCGCCCUGUGCUCCACUGCUGUACAAAACCAGGCCUACCUGAAGCUCCUAAAGUGGGAUCAUGUAAACAGGCCUUUUCCGGAAACAGUGCUGAUGGACCAGACCCGCUUUCAGGAAAUACAGCUGGAGCUGGAGCAGCUCCUCUUGGUUGGGACAGUCCUCCUGGUCACGUUCAGUGCAGCAGGCUCGGCGCUCGUCGAUAUGCCUGGAUUUGCUGAGAAAAUCAAAACCAUUGUGAAGGUGCUGCUGACGGGAAUGCAUCUUCCCUCCUUUAACCUGAAGGAAUCUUUGGCUACCAUCGGUGAAAAGGUGUGUGCGGAAGUUAACAGCUGCCUGUCCCAGCAUGGCUUUACACCGUUCUCAGCCGAGAGAGAGACUGUACUUAAAGGACAAAUCCAAGCAGUGGCCAACCCAGAUAACACCAUAUGCAAGCUAAUAGAUUCUCGAAUUCAAAAGUUUCUGGAGAAUCAUCUUGCAUCUAGUCAGCAGAAAUCAUCACCUGCCGUUCCUGGAGGAUUAGGCCCUAUUCAAAGAGAGCUGGAAGAAAUUGCUGUGAAGUACGUUCGUCUCGUCAACUACAACAAAAUGGUCUUCAGCCCUUACUAUGAUGCAGUCCUUGGCAAAAUACUGACUCAGGAGGAAUCCCGACUUGUAGGGAAGCCAGAAGAAUCAUAAAACCAGUUUGUAUGCUGCCAAUACGGUAUUAACUUUGUCGGCUAUUUUAAAAAAUUGCACCAAUAUUUGUCUAGGAAAACAGCUUUCCGUGUAAAUAUCGGUUCCUUUUAAUUCACUAGUGGUGUUUGAUGAGGAAAAUCCAUGAGAUGGAAAAGAGGUUUGCGAGUAAAUGGUGAGAGAGAGAUGCAUUUUUAAUGUAAGUAUGCAACCUGGGGGGGUGUCUUGGUAGUUUUCUGGCUGCGAUUUUUAGAUUUUUGAGCUGAUGCCAGGUAGGACAAGAUUAAGAACCAAACUUUGUAUUUAAGUGGCUCAUUUUAGGGCGUUUUACUCUAAUUUACCGUGAGUUUAGUUUAAUUAAUCCAGAGCAGAUUAGCAAAGGUUCUUCCCAGAAGGGGUGAUUUGGCUUUAAAGAAAUCUUACUUUAAAGACUUCAGAAGUAAGCUAAAAUUCUAGAUAAGAGAAACUUUAACAGGCAAAAUACAAAGUCAAACAGCACUUUAUUGUAACAUUAUGGUUAGUAUGGUAGUCUACUAGUUUUUUCUGCAUUUUACUGCAUUUUUAAUAGCAUUUUUUUGCUGUUUACCUGCAGAUGUUACAAAACACAUAAUAUAUUUUUGUAGCAAAUUUUCUGGUUAUUGGGUAACUGUCCUCUGCUAUGUACAGUACUUACAAAGGUGGCAAUCUUAUAGAUUGCAGCUGUAUUUAUCUCUUGUAAAGACUUCAGAAGGGCAGAGCUAAAAUGUUUUGAUAAAGUGGCAUUUCUUACCUUUUUUUGCUAGUCGUUUUCUCCUUUUUAUGUGAAAUACUGAUUUUAAAGUAAAUCUUUGUCAUUUUCAGAAGGUGGAUUUAAAGUGUGUGAAACAUUAGGCUGAAAAUUUUACUUGUUUUUUAAAACUACACCUAGAGAUGGUUGCAUAUUCAAUCAUGUCUUCAAAAAUAUCCAGGAAGUGCAGAGCACUAUUGAAAGUGUAAGUGAUUUUAAUGUCCUGUGAGAAGUGAACGGUUUAAUGUUCGUUUGAACACACAGGGAAUAUUUUCAAUAGAUUUCUUUCUGCUUUGUAGAAAUGUUCUUGAAACUUAAAAUAUUUAUAGGUCUUGAAUUUAAUUAGCUACAUGUUGUAUAGAUGACCGUUCACAGAAGAGUUCAAUGAUCAACCACAUCCUGGGCUGCAUCACAAGAAGCGUGGCCAGCAGGUCGAGAGAGGUGGUUCUGCCCCUCUACUCCACUCUGGUGAGACCCCACCUGGAGUGCUGCAUCCAGCUCUGGAGUCCUCAGCACAGGAAGGAUGUGGACCUGUUGGAGAAGGUCCAGAGGAGGUCCACAGAGAUGAUCAGAGCUGGAGCACCUCUCCUAUGAGGACAGGCUGAGAGAAUCGGGGUUGUUGAGCCUGGAGAAGAGAAAGCUUCGGGUAGAACUUAUAGCCCCUUCCAGUACCUAAAGGGGGCCUACAGGAAAGCUGGGGAGGGACUCUUUAUCAGGGAGUGGAGUGAUAGGACGAGGGGUACCAGUUUUAUACUGAAAGAGGGUAGGUUUAGAUUACGUAUUAGUAAGGAAUUCUUUCCUGUGAGGGUGGUGAGGCACUGGCACAGGUUGCCCAGAGAAGCUGUGGAAGCCCCAUCCCUGGAGGGGUCCAAAGCCAGGCUGGACGGGGCUUUGAGCAGCCUGGUCUGGUGGGAGGUGGAGGUGUCCCUGCCCAGGGCAGCAGGGUGGAACUAGAUGAUCUUUAAGGUCCCUUCCGACCCAAAGUGGUUUAUGAUUUGAUGAUCUUACAGCCUUAUUGCAAUUUCAGGCCCAGCUAGGAGGUAAGUACAUGUGAAAUUUUCCUCUAGUUGAGCACGAUGCUGUAUUACAGUAAUCAAAAUUUGAUGAUUUUAUGAAAGCAAAGUUCAUAGUUAUAAACAGUUAAGUGUCCCAAGUACGAGACUAUCCAAAAUAGAACGUUGUCUUCUUUUACAUAAUUUUUAAUUUAAAAAAAAGUAAAAUAAAUAAAAGGCCCCUUUUAUUGCUAACAUCCAGGUUCAUUUUAUUCAUCAACCAGCCAACUGAAACAAUAGAACUUCCAGAAGGAAGCACGUGAUUAUGAAUCAGUGUCGAUGCUUCCCUUCCCAGUUUUCCUUUAAAUGUCAGCGUGUAUAUAGCUACACAAACGAUGAGUUUGGAGGAAAGUGGGGUAAGUAAGACCUUUUAUUCCAUAUUAGCCUGUCCAACUAUAAAACAAAUCUUCUCUCAUUCAUUACAAACCCCCUUCCCCAAGGAAAAAAACUACCCAAACCCCGUAAGAGAUCACCAGCUCAGACAAGUGAUUUUUCUCUUGGCUAAAUGUACUCGGAUAGUAAAAUGGCCGUUUGUCUUUGAAUCUUUCUUUGGUAACUCAAAAAUGAAUAGGUUGGUUAGCCAGAAAAACAGAGUUCUGAGUAGGUUUUUGGGGUGGCCUAUUUCACGGUUGGAAUCAGCAAAGGAUACUACAGAGGUCUUCAAGACUGCUGCAUCUGCCUGCUCUGCUUUGCUCUUAGUGCAGGAUCCACCUCAGAACACAGCCUAUAGCGCUGCCGCGCCAAAAAAUUCAUUCAGUAGUCCGCGUAACAAAAGAGCUACCAGAAACAUUAUUGCUAGAGAUAUAAAAAAAAUAAACAAUCAGGACAAAGCUAUUUUUCAUUUUUGUUAAAUGACGGUGGCAGAAGUUAUAAACCGCCGCUGUUAUUUUAUACUUCAGUAUUGCCUAGAAAGCUGCCUUUAAAGGCCCCUGUGAAUUACGCGUGCUGCAAAAUCGUAGAUGCUGCAGGGGAUGAGCUCAAGGGUGUGGGGAGGAACAACAUCGUGCUGAAACAACGUACGUAGAAAAGGCUUUGAAAAGUGUGUGACUGAUGCCCAAAUGAAUGGCACUCCGGCAGCAAGAGAUGAAAUUGUACGUGCUUCAUCUCGGCGAUGGCUGCUCCCAGUCCUGGAACUCAGGGUCCAGAUGUCCACGACGACUGAUUCCUGCUUACGCUGACAUCGAAGCAUGGAUUGUGCUGCCACUUGUGUGUGUGUAUUGCUCGCAGGGUCAGUACAGUAAGUCCCAUCUCUCCUCGCCGAAGGGGUUCGAUCCUAAGGCUUCGAUCCCAAGGCUUAGAAAAAGACGUAGAAAAAAAGAGCACCCCCCACAUCUGGCUCCAGUCUGACCUUUGGGGGUGCACGCAGUGGGAACGCGUGCCUCUGUGGGGAGGUGCCGGAGGCCUUUCAACGGUAAAGAUGUGAAGAGACUGUCAUAAACAUCCAUGAGCGCAAAUCACAUUUGUGAUUUUUUCCCAGGUUGUUUUCUUUUUUAACGGUAGUGGUUGACAAAUACUUUCUCUACAUUCUCUUUAAAAGAAAGGGGGAGAUACGACUCAGUGGCAAAGCAAACCAGAAAUUCUAGGGUUGAUAAAGCCAGACCCUCCCUCCCUGUGAACAUUUAUAUGGUUAUCCGUACGCUCUUUCACCUUUUAGGUAGACAGGAGCGCUGACCUGCAGUCACCUACACUGCCGGGGGCAGGAAUGUCUUGCAACUUGUCCGAGUAUCUGACCUUCCUGUAGUCCCCAGGGGUUCUUGGGGUCUCACCAGAGUGCAAUUCUGAGGAGUCAAUUACAAGUUACAAUCUCCAGUAUGCAUAGAAACCGCUUUGAAAGUAAGUUCAUAUAGUGUUUUUGUUAGCUUGUUUAAAAAUAACAGGUGAAACUACGUAGCUAAUCUAUAGCAUUUAGCUUUGUAUAGUAAGCGGAAGACCAAUGCAGUUAUCCAGGACCAGACUGCGUUAGCGCAUCCUCCCGGACAAUCCCCAUUAGAAAUAUGUACCGAGUUUGUCUUACGAUGCUGUUUUCUUUAAACAGUCAUGGAAUUCAAAGCAAAAGUAUACUGUAUCCUCUAGAAAAAUGGGGAAAAAGCUAAUUCUAAUAUGUAUGCUCUGAUCAAUUUCCUGUGAUGGUCUUAUUAACAUCGCUUUUGAAGUGGCUGAGUAAUAUUUAAGAAGUAACUUGUUGUGUUUGAAUAAAACCGGAAUGAGGCAUGA